AAAUUUCAUACUUUAAACCAGAACUCUAGCCACACUAACAUCAGCAUUUAUCUUCAUACCAUUAUAUUUACCCUACCCAAGCUCUUACCUUCCCAAAGAGCUAUGCAAGAUAGAGCCAUGAAACUGUUCUACGCUCUCCUAUUUCUAUUUGCUAAUACCACCAAAGGCGACUUCCAAACCUUGGCUUCUAGUCUAAAUAUACGAAAUUCUCAAAUAAAAUCCCUCGCUGCCCAAUACGCACAAGCUAGUAACUCGGCAGAUGUUGUUCAGGUAGCAUGUCAAACCGCACAGAUCUCCCUAGGAGAAUCCCAAGUCAAUGCUAGCCCAAUCAACCAGACCUUAGUAGAAGAGAACUGGUAAGUCCCUCUGUAUCAAAGAACAAUUAUUUCUUCACCGACGCUUUUUAAACUUCCUUUUCACUUAGGUCGCAAACGUGCUGGAUCGAGCCUUACCAUAUUGUCAUGCCCAGAAACACCCAAGACGUCUCUGUAGCUCUUAAAAUCAUUACCUUCUUCGCGGUAAAAUUCUCUGUUCGCAGUGGUGGUCACUCUCCAAGCCCUGGGUUUUCUAGCGUAGGAAAGGAGGGUAUUUUGAUGGAUAUGGGAAAGCUAAGAGAAAUAACUUUGUCGAGGGACCGAAGUGUUGCGAGUGUAGGUCCUGGUGCGGUUUGGGGGGACGUGUAUGAAGUCUUGUCUACAGCAAAGGUUCUCACAGUUCGCGCGAGAGAGCCUGUUGUUGGUGUUGGGGGGUCGGUGGUCGGUGGUCGGUGGUCUGUUCAACAUCUCCCUUCUCUUCUUUCCAUUCGCUUACCUAGCUUGGCGGUUUAGGGGGAUACUUUUACUUCUCUGAACAAUUUGGCCUUGCGGCUGAUAAUGUUAAGAACUUUGAGGUAUUUGUUUUGCUCAUGUUUUCAAUUACUUACAUGAUUUAACCAAAUAUAGGUGGUAUUAGCAAACAGUACUAUCGUUUACACAAACAUAGCCUCGAACCCUGACCUGUUUCGUGCGCUCAAGGGGGGCGGUCCCAAUUUCGGCACUGUAACCCGCUAUGACCUGUAUACAAUACCCGUGUCCACUAUCUGGGUCCAGAUCUCCACUUACCCCACUACUAUGGCCCUGCCCGCCCUCACAGCUUUCGAUGCGUGGCAAACCAACGGCUCAUCGGACCCUAAAUCAACUAUAGCCCUUAGUAUAUCUUUAGAUUCCAUUUUGGUAGGUCUUUUAUACUCUGAGCCUCUGGAAGAGCCAUCAAGUGUGUUUGGCGAUAUCUAUGGGCUAGAGGUGGGGAAUGUGGUGUUCCCAGCGGGGAAUAUUGGGUUUGCGGAAUUGCAGAAGUGGGUUGCAGGGGCUUUUCUGCCUGGGCGUGGUAGGUAAGUGCUAUAUACACAUAGAUAUAAACAUAGACAGGACUAAUUACAAAUUAGACAUGAUUAUCGAGCGUUUGCCUCCCGGACAGAUACGAAUAUCACGUACCAAGCCUACACAUUCUGGAGCGAGAAAGCUCUUGCAGUACGCGAUGCCACCGGCGCUAACCAGUCAUUUGUCCUCCAACAUGUCGGGACCGGUCUCAUUGAGCAGGGAAUUCAAAAGGGAGGGAAUGCGUUGUGUAUUCCGUUUGUUAACCAGAAUUUUAUGGGCCUCCAAAAGUCUUUAUGUCAAGGGUGUUUCCUUGGGCUAACAGUAUUGUGAUUAGGGUGGACAACAACUGUUGAUUGGGAGAAUGAAGAAGAUGACGACUUGGUGCGUCAAGUCUCUAUCCAGACAACUGAAUUUUGGGGGAAACUCACAAGGGAGGCCAAUUUGGAUAUUUCUUUUCUUUAUAUGAAUGAUGCUUCCAGAGAUCAGAAUCCGCUGGCUUCAUAUGGGAGAGAUUGUCUGGCGAGGUUAAAGGAGACAGCCUUGAGGCAUGAUCCGGAGCAAGUAUUCCAGAAGUUACAGAAUAAUGGAUUUUUAUUGAGUGAGAGUUAGGGCUAGGUUACACAUG